AAAUUUGGCGGUACUGUUCUGUACCUUCACACAUGCUGAAAAACAAACUGCCCCAAGUGCGGGAAAAGCUCCUCAGCAGACAGCGGCCUCAUUACCACCCGCAAGAUACACUGGAAAGUGUAGAAGCUGGUAAUGCAGAUUUUACUUGAAUAAUAAAGAAGGGAUUAAAAAUGGCUCAAAGAAAAGCUCAUAAGCUUGAGGAUAAAGAAAGAACAGAUGAUAUUCAUAUAGAAGAAAAUGUGGACUUUGCUGGUAUGUACUUAGCAGAACAUGUGCUUGCAGGAUUAAAAUCUGCAGGCUUUGGUAGUCCCAUCCAGUUAGCUGCCAUCCCUCUUGGUCGAUGUGGGCUGGACUUGAUUGUGCAAGCUAAGAGUGGGACUGGUAAAACAUGUGUUUUUACUGUAAUUGCUUUGGAAAUGAUAAGUGUAUCUGCUCCAUCAACACAAGUUCUCGUUAUUGCGCCAACUCGUGAAAUAGCUGUACAGAUAACUCAAGUAAUCAAUGCUAUUGGUAGUACAAUGCCACAACUCAGAGCUGCUACCUUCAUUGGAGGGAUUCUUCUAAAUCAAGAUAAAGCUAAGCUUCGUUGCUGCCAUAUAGCUGUAGGAACACCUGGCCGUCUUACUCAACUUGUUGAACUUGGGCUUCUUAAACUAGAAAAUGUCAGAUUACUUGUGUUAGAUGAAGCUGACCUGUUGCUGACAGGUCAGUUUACCAAGGCAGUAGUCCAUUUGGCCUCUGGGCUUCCGUUGAAUAAACAAGUAUUAGCACUUAGUGCAACAUAUACUGUAGAAGUAGCGGAAGUUGUAGAGGGACUUAUGCGAUCACCAAACCAUGUUCGACUUGGAAGAGAUUCGCCUGCUCUACUGGGUGUCAACCAAUUUGUAAGGUUACUCCCAUACCAUCAUCAGCCACAUCGUAUACAGCAGACAAAGUUAUCAGAGCUUCAGGCCAUUCUCGCGACAGUAACAUUUAAUCAGUGUCUUGUAUUUUCAAACUCUCAGCUACGUGCAGAAUCCAUUUGCAGCGCAUUACGAGCAACAGGAUGGCCAGUUUCCCACUUGACUGGUGGUCAAACACAGUGUGACCGCUUACAGGCACUGGAAGCAUUGUGCUCUUACAAGUGGGUUCUUGUUUCAACAGACCUCUCUGCCCGUGGUCUGGAUUCAGAACAUGUGAAUCUUGUCAUCAAUCUGGAGCCACGUGAUCAGGCUACAUAUCUUCACCGUGUUGGACGGGCCGGACGGUUUGGCUCUCGGGGAGGCGCCAUUACCGCUUCAGAGGGAGAUGAAUGGCAAGCCAUUAGGGCUAUAGCAACAUUGGCAAAUGUACAAAUUUAUCUUUUGCAAGAGGACUGGGAGUCCAGUAUUGCUAGUAAAGAUGUUAAGAGUAUGGAGAAAUUGGAGUUAUUACCUGAUGAUGAGGUUAAGCUAUGGCUUGACAACAAUGCCCAACAUAGUUAUUUGUAUGGGGGUAAAAAGAAAGGUAAACCUAAGAAAGUACUGGAACAGAUAAAUGCACCGAAUGGAAUAGCAGAGUCCCAAAACAAGAACAAAGUAAAAAUGACAGGAGAAUUCAUAAAGGACUCUUGUAAAGAAAAUAGAGAGGUUGAUGCAGUCUCCAGAAACCAUUCCCAGAAGUCAAAGAAUGUUAGAGAGUCAAAAGAAGCAAGUAAAAAAUAUAGCCAUAACAUGAAAACUGAGAAAAAAAAAUGAAUAUGAAAACAAAAGAGCAACAAAGGAGAACUCAUCAAGAGGCAGCAAGUGCAAGGAAAGAGGCAGAAGACAGGCAAAGGGAGGAAGAGGUUGCACAAAAUUACAAAACAGUAUUGAAAUUACUAGAGGGAGUCAGUUCUAAAUCAUCCUCAGUAAGUAUAUCUUAUUCAGAUAUAUUACAAGAAUGUUCUGAGAAAUAUGACAACAUCUCAGCCACUGAUAAUCCAACAGUAAGAGUACCACCAUUGCCUAACAAACUAAAACUAACUGAAACUGAUUUGAAAGCAUUUGAGGAUCACUGGAAAACUAUUCUGGAGGAACAGGAGCAGAGAGUAAUUAAUGCUAAUGAAAUGUGGGAUUGUGCAAAGUUUAAUAUUCACAAAGGUCUGGAAGCAUUAAUUGAAGGGAAGGAUGCACUGACAGUUUUGAAUAAAGAUGACCAAGAUGAAAAAGAAAGUAGAGUAACAAAUGAUCCAUCAAUACUUUUAACUCUAGAAAAUGAUUCAUUUUCUGGAGGAGAAUCAAGUGACAACAUCAGUGAUAGAGCUUUGGAAGUUAAUGGAUCACUGACUUACAAAUGGCAUAAAGUAAAGAACGAUGCAAUAAAAGAAAUGCAGCAUUCACCCAAUCCUCAUUCAACAGAGAUUUCAAGGAGUAAUAUCAGUGUUAAUACAGCUCCCAAGAACAAAGGGAAAAAGAAAAUGCUCUCAAAUUCAAAUAGUCCCAGAUCAAGUAUACAUUCCAAUAGACAAGAUAAAGAACAACCAAGAAUGUACAUGUAUUAUGACAAAGAUAUGGAAAGCAAAGAACAACACAUGAUAAACAAGCAAAAGAAAGACAAAGUACACCGGGAGAAUAAGCGUCGUGCCUCAUUUACUGGUCCCAGUGGCACUCAGGCACACUCUGGACAUUAUGACGAUAGUUCCCGGGGACACUGGUAUUAUGGGGCUCAACCAAUGAACGACUGCCAUCAGCCAAGAUAUGCCAACAACUGGAGCUGGCAGCAACAUGGUAAUGCUAACAAUAUUCAAGGACAACAAAACAACUAUAGUUUUCAAGAAAUGAAUGAAAAUGAUCCACAAGUAGGUGACUUUGGGACUUCUCGAGAGUGUGGAAAUGAUCAGCCACCACACCAAGAAACAUACGGUCAUGGAAAUGAAUAUACCAGUUAUUGGAAUUACAAUUAUGAUUCUUAUUGGCAACAGAGGUCAUAUAUAGAAAGUGCACACAAGUUUGCUUCUAUGAUGGAUUAUGUUCAACACAUGGGAAGGAUGAGUGCUUGGAUGGCCCAAGACUUUCAUAAACGUAAUAAAGAAAAUAAUAGUUAGGGACAAUAUUUAGCUCGUGUUUGUAAUUACAACUGAAUGGUGGCAGUGUGGGAGUUGUGGAUUAGUAUUCAAAGUUUAUAUAUACUGUGUACCGGUACUCUGUAUCCUGUAUAUAUAUUUUGGUUUAUUUUUAUUAGUAUAACAUGAGAAUGAUGCUGAAAUUUCCAUUUACAAUUGUUAAUUUUUAUGGUGCUUCUAAACUUUAAAGUUAUUUUAGUUCUGUAUUUGAUUUAUAAUUUAAUAUCACUUAAAAACAUUGUGAACUUAUACAGUACUCUUUAAAUGCAGUACCAAAGUGUGAGCAUGUCUAAAAGAUUUGGUAAAAAGUUAUCUGAGGAGUGUGCAAAGGUGUUGAGGACCAUUGAUACAUCAAACCCAACAUCAGAUGGAACAAGGAGUCCUUACUUUCCUGAGUCAAGUAGUGGAUGUAUGACAUUAGAUACUGAUGAUAAACAUAGGAAAAAAUGGAAAAUAAUGAAGGUCAAAGCAUAGAAAAU